AAAUCUACGGACGAACACCCACCUGGUCACAAGGGGUAAAAUAACAAUGCUUAAGUCCCCACUAGAAGGAUUUUUUGGAAGAUUUUCGUCUGCAUUGUGGCGCAAGUUGGAUUUUUAGGCAUUACAGUAGUGGAAAAUGUUGUGUGAAACCCAUGAUUUGAAUUGUCAUCAAUUUAUUGUGUUACCUCGAGGACAUUGGUUAUUUGAAUUGAAAACAUAUAUGUUAAACGACCGUAUAUCUAGAAAACUGUGGAGAUUCCUUUAAUUAAAGCACCUAUUGUUUUGAAUGUUCCUAAUGACGUCGAAUUCCUCAAAAAGAGCAUUCAUUACAGAACUGCUUGACCGAGAGAGCACAUCAGAAGAUGAUUAUGAAACGAGCAGUUUUAGUCCAAUUUUACAAAGAUACAGGAACAGUAAAGACGAAAGCCAGAAGGACUACAUUAGAGCGUGUAAACACUGCGGGGUCGUCCCCUUAACGGUGUUCCUUCGACAGCUUGGAGAGAAAAGCAUGUCGCUAAGGUUCCAACUACUCUCCCAGAAGGCCAUCAAGUCGUGCGCAAUCGCUCUGCUACGUAACUCGAAACUUCAGUCCUUAGAUCUGGAAGGUUGUCAGAUUCGCCAAUCGGGAGCCAAGUACAUGUUCGAUGUCCUGGAAAAGAGGACAAACAUUACAGAAAUAAAUCUCGGCAGCAAUAAGCUUGGGACUGAAGGAUUACAAUGGAUUGUUCGACUACUGCAAUCAAACCACCAUAUAAAGUCCAUUAAUUUAUCAGAUAAUCAGUUUGAGGACACUGAUGCCGUCUACAUAUCAGAUAUAUUACAUGGAGACAAUAUCUUGAAUGAACUCAAUCUAAGCCACAAUAACUUCUCUGCAGAGGGCGGCUUAAUCAUAGGAAGUGCUUUAGGCUGUAAUGAGACAAUAAAAAAUCUGAAUUUGAGCUGGAAUCACAUACGAGGAAGAGGUGCUCAAGCAAUUGGUCUGGGUCUCCAGAAAAAUGCAUCAAUACGGAUUCUGAAUGUAUCCUGGAACGGUUUUGAUGUGGCUGGUUGCCAUGGUCUUUCACAUGGAUUGUCGAAGAAUAGCACGCUUGUAGAUUUAGAUUUAUGCUCCAACAGGGUUGGUAUAAUUGCCCUCUCCAAGUUGUUGGAAGGAAUGAAAAGAAACUCCACCCUCGAAGUUCUAAGGAUCGGCAACAACCCUAUUACUGCCCAGGGACCAAUGUUUAUACUGCAAUCUCUUAAGUCGAUACCAAACAUCAAAUAUAUUGAUCUUCAUCUGCAACCAGUUGACAUGGACUUCGUCUCUAGCUUGAUCACCUGUCAAAAGACCCGCGACAUCCACGUCACCUAUGGAAAGGUUUGUCUCAAACCAGCCACAGGAGACGAAGACUCAACGAUGUACAUAAAAGGGGACCCAGUCACUGUUAUGUUCGAGUUCACAAGGAUGAAAGCCGUUGAUGUUUUGGAUCUUUUUAUCACUUUCGACACGGAUGGUAGUCAUUCUGUCACGUGGGAGGAAUUUAAAGAGGGUGUACAGGUAAGCAAAAUUCCUGUUAGAAUGCGUGACCUGGACACAAUAAUUAAACGAAUUGACAUCAACUUGGAUGGAGAAAUCAACUUUUCGGAAUUGAUGAUUGCUCAGAAAGAGCACAAUUUACGGGUAAAGCGGCUGAUGGACAAGGGAGAACGGGUCUUUAUAAACAGCGAGGUUGGAGUGAUACACCAGGAGCUGCUAGACUGGUUCAAAGACAAAGGGGUGUUCCUUAAGAACUACUCUUUUUUAUCAACUUUGCAAGCAUCUGAAAACUAGAAUAUAUGUUAUAGAAUUUACACGCAUACGCAAUCUGUUUUGUUCUGUUCUGGACUAUUGUACUUAAAGUUGCGGAAAGUUAAUUUCGUUUUGUUUUCCUUUUUGAAGAAUUGAAUAUACUAGAAGAAUUGUUCGUUUUUCUUAUGAAAUCAUAAUAAAUUCAUAAUGUU